CCAAAGGUAUUCUUGCACCGAAUAAUAUUUCCUGUAAGUGCAGUAUUUUGCUUUCUCUAAGAAAAUUACAAGCUCAAGGAGAUGGAUCCAGCACUUUACAGAGCAGUUUUACUCAAUGAUAUUCAUGCAUUUAUCAGUUUAGUUCGAAAAAAUGAAGCAAUUCUUGACCAAAGAACCAGUACUGCCUCUAACACAGUGCUUCACCUUGCUUCAAGGCUUGGAUUUGUUGACUUGGUGAUGGAAAUCAUUAAGUUGCGGCCAAACAUGGUACAAGCUGAGAACAAGAUGCUGGAGACUCCUCUGCAUGAAGCCUGUCGCGAAGGAAAAUCAAAGAUUGUAUUGCUGCUAUUACAGACAGGUUCAUGGGUGGCCAGCAAUUUUAACAUGGAAAAUCAGUCUCCAUUACUCAUCGCUUGCAGUUAUGGGCAUCUCGAAGUAGUCAAGGUUUUGUUGAAUCAGCCAUUGUUUCUGAGGUUAGAAUAUGAUAAUCCUCAUGGUCUGACAUCUCUACAUGUGGCUGCAUCAAAAGGCCAUACAGAAAUAGUGAAGAUGAUAUUACGAGCGUGCCCAAAUAUGGCUCAGAAGAUUGACAGUGACGGAUGUAAUCCUCUGCACUACGCUUGUAAAAAUGGUCACUUGGAGAUAACAAAAUUACUUCUAAGGCAUGACUUGGACCUUACUCUGAUAUAUAAUAACAAGGGUUUCAAACCAUUGCACUUGGCAGCAAUUCAUGGCAAUGGCACAAUCCUUGAAGAAUUUCUGGCUAUGGCUCCCACAUCAUUUGAUUGUCUCACAACCGAUGGGGACAAUGUAUUUCAUCUUCUCGUAAGAUUCAAUGCCCACAGUGCCUUCAUGUGCUUGGAACAUGUGUUCGGUGAUACCAAGCUAUUCCAACAACCAGAUCAAUUUGGCAACACCAUUCUGCACAUUGCAAUCUCCGGAGGACUCUAUCAUUUAGCAGGCAGUAUCAUCAAUGAAAGAAAAGUGGACAUCAAUCAUCAAAACAAUAGAGGACAUACAGCGCUUGACAUCCUCAACCAUGCUGGAAGCAGUUUAGAAAUCCAGGAUCUUAGAGACAUGUUGAAGAAAGCUGGUGGAAAAUUAGGUACUGGUCUUUCUUGGUCACAAAAAUCUGAAAGCCCCAGAGAUGCACUAGAGCGAGAAUUUGACCUGCAGCUGCAGCUUGGUUGUGGAUCUGAAAGACACCAACUUUCUCAAGCACAUUCUGCGGAAAACACCCCAAUCACAAAGAGCAUGCCGGAAUUAAUCAUGAGAACCGAUGCAAGAGGUGAACCUCUUCAGCUUCAAGUUAACAAUAAUAAUGAUCUAUCUGAAUCAGAAUACUUGUCAGACGAAACAAAAGGCUCCUCACCUUACAGGCAUGAAAGCAUAAUACGCAGGAAAAAGCUAAUGAAAGUUCACAAGCGCCAUCAUAGGAAGCAACACAAGGCAUACACUGAGGCACUACAGAAUGCAAGGAACACACUCACAGUAGUCGCUAUUAUGAUUGCUACGGUGACUUUUACAGCAGGCAUCAAUCCUCCAGGUGGUGUCUACCAGGAGGGGCCAUUGAAAGGAAAAUCAACAGCAGGCAGGACAUCAGCUUUUAAGGUUUUUUCAAUCACCAACAACAUUGCCUUGUUCACAUCCUUAUGCAUUGUAAUAGCUCUAGUUAGCAUCAUCCCCUUCCAAAGAAAGCCGCUAAUGAAGCUAUUGGUGGUUGCUCACAAGGGCAUGUGGGUGGCAGUGUCAUUCAUGGCUGCCGCUUACAUUGCAGCAAUAUGGGUGAUUAUGCCAGAGAGUCAUGGGAAUGUUUGGACAUUUGAGGCUCUAAUUUCCAUUUUCGCUGGUACUCUAGGAUCAGCUUUCAUUUAUCUUGGGGUUAAGUUGGUUGGACACCAUCUGAGGAAAUCAAAGUGGAGGAAAGAGCAGGGUGGUGCUGGUAACAACAAAUAUGAAAACCAUUCACUUUCUCGGAAUUCUGAUGUAGAGAGUGCCAUAACUGAUGGUUAUCAUACGUUUUGAAUGUUUUCACGAACAUAUGCAAUUAUGAUGGUGGUUCUUUCUUAAAAUAAAAAAUUAUUCUUUUAGAAAAUAUGGUUCCAACUGGGCCAUUUAAAUUGUGAACCCGUGGAGAUCAAAGAGAAAAAGUUUUCAAAAUCCAUGAUCCAAAUGUCAACAAAU